AUGGUCCAUGUCUUGAAAGGCAUGCUGAUAGAACAUAACCCUUCCAGGCAGCAGUUCUGCUGUAGCUGGCUGAGUCGAACAAAUGCCCUAAGGAGGAAGUUCAUCACUCAAGACACUGGUAACACUCGUGUCUUCGAAACAGCAGAGGUGGUUAAUGUCCUCCAGGAGCAAGUGGGUGAAUUGAUGGACCAAAAUGCUUUUUUUCUUACCCAGAAGUGA